CCCGCUCCCGUGUGCCGAAUGCUCCAUAUCCGGGUUCCCGCCGUCGCCGCCGUCGCCGCCGCCGCCGCCACCGCCGCCACCGCCGCCGCUUCCCUCAUUCAGCUUUGCCGGGAGUGGUGUGAUUCCCGACCAAGAUGGCGGCUGUGGGGCGAGUCGGGUCCUUCGGUUCCUCUCCGCCGGGAUUAGCCUCGACUUACACUGGGGGCCCCUUGGCUAACGAGCUAACGUCGGGCAACGGCGGCGCCGCAGCGGGCGACGACGAGGACGGGCAGAACCUUUGGUCCUGCAUCCUCAGCGAGGUCUCCACCCGCUCGCGCUCCAAGCUCCCAGCGGGGAAGAACGUACUGCUGCUGGGUGAAGAUGGAGCUGGGAAAACAAGCUUAAUAAGAAAAAUUCAGGGAAUAGAAGAGUACAAGAAAGGAAGAGGCUUGGAAUAUUUGUACUUAAAUGUUCAUGAUGAAGACAGGGAAGAUCAAACAAGAUGUAAUGUAUGGAUCUUAGAUGGAGACCUGUAUCACAAGGGCCUCCUUAAAUUUUCACUGGAUGCCAUUUCUCUGAAGGACACUCUAGUUAUGCUAGUUGUGGAUAUGUCAAAGCCUUGGACUGCUUUGGAUUCUCUACAGAAAUGGGCAAGUGUUGUGAGAGAACAUAUUGACAAAUUGAAAAUUCCUCCUGAAGAAAUGAAAGAAAUGGAACAAAAGUUGAUUAGAGACUUCCAAGAAUAUGUAGAGCCGGGAGAAGAUUUUCCAGCCUCUCCUCAGAGAAGAAAUACUGGGUCACAGGAAGACAAAGACGACAGUGUGGUUUUACCUCUGGGUGCGGACACACUUACACAUAACUUGGGCAUCCCAGUACUAGUAGUUUGCACAAAGUGUGAUGCCAUUAGUGUAUUGGAGAAAGAACAUGACUACAGAGAUGAACAUUUUGAUUUUAUUCAGUCGCAUAUCCGGAAGUUUUGUUUACAAUAUGGUGCAGCGCUUAUUUACACUUCAGUAAAAGAAAACAAAAAUAUAGAUUUAGUAUAUAAAUAUAUUGUUCAGAAACUGUAUGGAUUUCCCUAUAAGAUUCCUGCUGUUGUUGUGGAAAAAGAUGCAGUGUUUAUUCCAGCAGGGUGGGAUAAUGAUAAGAAAAUAGGAAUAUUACAUGAAAAUUUUCAGACAUUAAAGGCAGAAGAUAAUUUUGAAGACAUUAUAACUAAGCCACCUGUCCGAAAGUUUGUCCAUGAGAAGGAAAUUGUGGCAGAAGAUGAUCAAGUGUUUCUUAUGAAGUUACAGUCCCUUUUAGCAAAGCAGCCACCAACUGCAGCUGGAAGGCCUGUGGAUGCCUCACCGAGAGUCCCAGGAGGCUCCCCUCGAACACCAAACCGAUCCGUGUCAUCCAAUGUUGCCAGUGUGUCACCCAUCCCUGCAGGGUCAAAAAAAAUUGAUCCAAACAUGAAAGCUGGAGCUACAAGUGAAGGUGUCCUGGCAAAUUUCUUCAAUAGUUUGCUGAGUAAAAAGACUGGCUCUCCAGGAGGCCCAGGUGUGGGCAGUGGUAGCCCUGGAGGUGGGGCUGGAGGUGGAAGCAGUGGUUUACCACCAUCUGCCAAGAAAUCCGGCCAGAAGCCUGUCCUGUCAGAUGUUCACGCAGAACUAGACAGAAUUGCACGCAAACCAGUUACAGUUUCUCCUACAACACCUAUGUCUCCUACAGAAGGAGAAGCUUCUUGAAGAUACCAAAUAAAGCCAUUUAUUCAGUUUUCUGGGAUAAUGUAAACUGGCCUCUGCCUUCUCCUUCAAAAGUGGAAUUAGGGAACUGGAGUGCUUUUUCAGAUGGACUAAAUUUCUUUCUUUCUUUUUUUUUUGUGGUUGCCCAUUUUUAUAAAAGGAAGCUAUACAGAAGAAAAAUUAUUCUACACUACGUAGGAUUGCUGUUUGCAUUGCCACUUUGCAUAAGGAAAUAAUUUUGGAUUUUGAAAAACUCAAAAUUUAUAGGUCAGAAAUAUAGCCAUGUGAUCAUACUCUACGGGCUAUUUAAAACAUAAGAGGGUUUAGGAAAGGCAGAAAAUAAUAUGCUUUGGGCAUUUGACUGACUUGGAAGUCCAAACUUGUUUUAGUUAAGACUGUUAAAAUCAUUUGAAAAAUUGUGUUAGUUUUGCUGGAAAAGAGAAGAUGAUCAGUUGUCAGAUUUUCCACACCAACGUAAAUAUAACACCACACAUGAAAUAUGCUGAGAAAACUAUCAGAUAGCAUUUUAUACACUAGUCAUUGUCUCAACCCACAAUCCUGUAAUUUGUCAUCAAAAUUUGAUUUUGAAAUACUGGCCAAGAUUCAUUUCUUUAACUGAGAAGAAAAGAAAGCACACUGCCUAAAUGGAUAAAAGAAAAAUGCAGAGGUUAUUAAAAUGUAAAGAGGUAACAGUCUUUGGAUUUGUCUAUCUAUAUCUAUAUCAACAUAUAGGUAUAGAUAUAUAUAUGGCUCUGCCUUAAUAUACCCCUUUUUUGUUUGUGACUUUCAACUGUAAUCAGUUAAUAAAGUAUUUAUUCUCUGCAUUCAGGUUCAAAUAACUUGCUGCAUUCUCUUACACAUAAUUUGUAUUUAUUGGACAAUGAUUAAGAUUCAUUAGCAUGUUGAGAUGUUAGAUUUAAUAGGAUUAUAUUAAGUAUUCUGAUCUUUGUAAGAGACAAGUGAAUACAUGAGAUUCACUAUCCUAUAAGUUUCCUUAAAUUGGGAGUUUACCUUGAUCAGCACAUCUUCCCCACAAGCAUGUCUUGAACUACAGGAUCUUAUGUUAGCAUUUCUAGUAGAUAAAAUGUAGCCUUUUAUCAUUAUUUAUUGGGCAGAAACUGAUUUAAAAGCUUGGCAGAUGCACUGACACAUAGGUCCUUUCUCACAGGUAAGAACACCUGCUGGUAGUUCCACCUGAAUUUUCAGUACUGUUUUUAAAUGCUUGUUUUAGAACCUUCAUAAGAACAAUUUGACUUCUUACUGAAAUUCAACUAGAGAACACAUGCACAUUUAACUUUAUUGAACAAAUGGCUAUUGCCCUUUACAUUGGCCUUCGUUAUUACUUUAAAAUAAAUACUCCAAAGAUUUUUUUCUUCAGCAAAAUGUUUGAGGAAAAUACCUCUACUAUCUAACAUAAUCCUUUCAUUAAAACUUUAAAAUCUUUACUUUUAGACAGUAUUUGGCUCCUAAUAGUUGAGUGUAAAUGCUAAAAAUACAUGAGAGGAUAAUAAUUUGUUUCAAGAUGGGAAAAACUUAGGUUGUUCACAGGCAUGGAAAAAUGAAUUUGUAAAAGCAUUUUUGCUUGAGGAAAUAGGAGACGAAAAGUGCCACUGAUAGAAUCUUUAGUCUGGAAAGGGUUCUGCAGUCAUGGUGUUGUAAAGAGAUUAUUUUGAAGUAGUGCUUGAUGAAAUAAGGGAGACUAAUGAAAGAAAAUCACUGACUAGGCAUCAUGGUAUACUUUGGUAUGUCUGCUGUGUUUGCGUGUCUAGGCCAACUCAUUCUUUUCUGUGUGACAUUGGAGAUGUACUAGAAAAUCCUUGGAAUUAAUUGAGUCAUUAGCGGAAAGAACUGUAAUUAUUCACUUUAUAGGGUAUUCAGUUUUAACUAAUCUGCAACCUUGUGUUUACCAUGUUUAAAUCUUAAACCAAUUUUUCCCCUAUUUUUUGCAAGAAUUUGUUUUUAAACUACUUAAAUCUUUUUGUUUUUAAGCACUUUUUAUUGAAGUAUACAUUAGAGAAAAGUAUACAGAUUACAGGUUACAUGGUUUGAAAGAUCACUAAUCAGCACCAAGAUCAAGACAGACAUUACUGGCAUCCUAUAUGCUUACUAUGUGCCCUCCUCAUCAGCACCCCUGCCUAACCCACCAAGUGACCAAUGCCCCAACUUCCACAUAGAUAAGUUUUAUUUAUUUUUAAGCUUUAUACAAAUGGGAUCUUAGAGUUAUAUUCUUUUGGUGCAAGUCUUUCCAAUUUUAGUUCUCCAACACAUCAACAAAUGCAUGUAGCAAUAAUAAUUAUUCGUCUUCAUUGCCUCAUAAUACUCCACCAUGCAAAUAUGCUAUAAUUUAUCCAUUAUGCUAUUGAUGGGUGUAUAUUAGUUUCGUAUUGUUGCUGUAACAAGUUACCACAAUUUAGUGGCUUAAAACCAUACAAAUUUAUGAUCUUACCAUUCUGGGGGUCAGAAGUCCAAAAUCAGUCUUAUUGGGCUGAAGUUAAAGUGUCAGCAGUGCUGAUUUCAUUUGGAGGCUCCAAGGAGCAUCCGUUUCCUUCCUUUCCAGCUUCUAGAGGCUGCUUGCAUUCCUUGGGUUCCUGGCCCCUUCUCCAUCUUCAAGGCCAACCGCAUAGCAUCUUCAGCUGGGUGCGUCCGCCACAUGGCUUCUCACUCUGAACCUGCUGCCUCCCUCGUGUCAGCAACCCUGUGAUUAACUUGGGCCCACCUGAGCAAUCCAAUGUAAGCUCCCUCAACACUUCACUCUCCUUGCUAGCAUAGCAUGGUUUCUGAAGAGAAAUUGGGCGUCAUUCUUAUCUUUGCCCCUUCCUUCGUAGGUGGGUUUUUUUUCCCCUUUGGCUUCUUUCAAAGUUUUUUGUCUUUGAUUUUAUGCGGUUUGCUAUGUUAUGCCUAGGUGUAGUUUUUUGGAAUUUAUCCUUUGUGUUCUGUAAACUUUCUGGAUUUGUGGUUUAGUGUCUUGACAUUAAUUUGGGGGAAAUUCUUAGUCAUUAUUGCUUCAAAUAUUUUUCUGUUCCUUUCUUCUCGUAAUUCCAUUAUAUAUAUGUUACAUCUUUGUAGUCCCACAGUUUUAGGAUAUUCUGUUCCUUGCCCCUCUCCCCCUCCAGUCUUUUUUCUAUUUGCUUUUUAGUAUUGGAAGUUUCUAUUAACAUAUAUUGUCACCCAGAGAUUCUUUCCGCAUCUAUAUCAUGUCAACUAAUUAGCCCAUGGAAAGUACUUUUCAUUUCUGUUAUAGUUUUUUUUUUUUUAACUCUACCUUUGUUUUUUAUUCUUCCUUAGAAUUUACAUCUGUUUGCUUAUUAUUACCUGUGUAUUCUUGCAUGUUGCCUACUUUUUCUGUUAGAGCCCUUAGCAUAUUAAUCAUAGUUGUUUUAAAUUCAUGACCUGAUAAUUCAUCAUUUUUGCCAUAUGUGAAUCUGAUUCUCAUGCUGCUUCUGUCUCUUCAAAAUACUUUUUGCCUUUUACUAUGCUUUGUAAUUUUCUGUUGACAGCUGGACAUGAUACACUGGGUAAAAACUACUCCAGUGAAUAGACCGUUAGUAAUGAGGUGGUCAGGUGUUGGGGGGAGAAGAAGCAUUCCCUAGUCCUGUGGUUAGGUGUCAGUGAACCUGCACCCCUGGGCUGUGAACUUCACAAGUCCUUCCCAGGCCGCAUUUCCACCCCCAAGGCCUUACACCUGAGGUGGACAAGAUGGCUAGAUGGGGAACACCAGGGGAUUUUUCUCAUUUUUCCCUUUGACAUCCUGGUAGAGCUCGUGGAGGUAAAACUCACAAAAGCGUGGGGAACCCCCUGUGACUGGGGGUUUUUAACUCACAGACUUGACUGCUGUUAGUCUCCAGCAACUUGUCAAUUACCGUUUAGACUUUCUUACCCCAGAACUCUCACCCUCAGAGGUUUCUGCUUGGGAGUUUCUAGUUAAGCAAGUUGUUAUUCUAUGUCCACUUGCCAAUCUCUAAUUCAGGGGACAAGGGUUGGCCCUGGGACCUCACUUCUCUGACAAAUCUAAAAAGAGUAGAUUUUUAACUUCAGCCUUUUGCUUGUUAGAGUAGAGAGAUGACUUUCAAACUCCUUCCUUGCUGGCUUGGAAACUGGAAGUCUCAUUUCUCCUCAAAAUCCUAAAUACAUCUGCAAAGUCCCUUUGCCAAACAAGGGUCCUAGGUCCCCAGGGAUUAGGAUAUGGACAUCUUUGUAGGAUCAUCAUUAAGCCUCCCUACAGGGUGUUAGCAGCUUUCAGCUUUUCCAAUGCUAUUAUGAAUUGUGCUGUUAUGAACACUCAGAUGUGUCUGGUGGGAAAUAUGUUCUAAUUUCUAUUGCAUAUGUACGUAGAUGUGGAUUGCUAGGUCCAAAGACUAUGUGUAUACUCAGCUUUAGUAGAUAAUGCCAGUUUUUCCAAAAAGGUAUAAGAAUUUCCAUUCCUGGGAGAAGAUAUUUGUAAAUGAUAUAUCUAAUAAGUCUAGUAUCCAGAUUAUGCAAAGAAUUCUUACAACUCAAGGAACCUAAACUUAAAAUGGUCAAAGAAUUUGAAUAGACAUUUCUAAAAAAAAAAAAAAAAAAAAAAAAAAAAAAAAAUAAGAUACACAAAUGACAAGCACAGGAAAGAUGCUUAUUCUCAUUUGCAGCUGGGGAAAUGCAAACCAAACCACAAUGGGAUACCACUUCACAAUCUAAAUAAAAAAUGAAUGUUGGCAAAGAAUGUUGACAAGAUGUGGAGAAAUUAGAACCUCAGCAUUGCUGGUGGGAAUGUAAAAUGUAAAAUGGCAACCACUUUGGAUAGCAAUGUGGUGUUCCUCCUAAGAAUAUACAAGAGUAUACAUGUCCUAAGAAUAAACAUGUUGUAUUACCAUACAACCCAGCAGUGCCACUCCUAGAUAAGUACCCCAGAGAAUGAGAACAUAUGUCCUCACAGAAACUCAUAUACAAAUGGUUAUAGCAGCAUUACUCCUAAUAGCGACAAGAUAUAAACAACCCAAUCAUCUACCAACAGGAAAAUGGAUAAACAAAAUGUGGCAUAUGCUACAAUGGAAAAUUUUUCAGCCAUAAAAAGGAAUGAAGUAUUGAUACAUGUUAUAACAUGGAUAAGCCUUGAAAACAUGUUAAGUGAAAGAAACUAGUCAAUAAAGUCAUGAUAUAGGAUUCCAUUUAUUCAAAAUGUCCAGAAUGGGCAAAUCCAUUGAGGCAGAAAGUAGAUUAGUAGUCUUUCUUUAGUUUGAGACAUGCUGGCAGGUAUACAGUAGGAUAUUGUAGUGGUUUUAAUUGUAUUUCCUUGAUAACUAAUGAAGUUAAACAUAUUUCAUGUUUAUUGGCCGUAUAGAUCCCCUUUUUUGUAAAGUACCUGUUCAAGAGUCUUUGAAGUCUUGUCCUUUUUAUUUUUUCUUUUUUUUGGGAGGGGGUUGGGGAGAAGGGUGGGAGGAAGGUGAGGGGGAAACUAUCUGACUUUUUCUUACUGACUUACUCUUUACAUAUUCAGGAUGCUAAUCCUGGUCAAAUAUGUAUUGUAAAUAUCAUCUCAUUUUGUGGUUUGCCUUUUUACCCUCUUAAUUGGUAUCUUUUGAUGAAUAGGAGUUAUUGAUUUUAAUGUUUCAUUUGUCAGCUUUUCUUUAUUGUUUUUGCUUUUAUGACCUAUUUUAAAGAAAAUCUUUGCCUGCCUUCAAGGUGAUGAUAGUCUAUGAUUUUUUUUUCUAAAGGAUUUAUUUUACUUUUCUAUAAUCCUGGGAUUGAUUUUAUGCAUGGUAUGAAGUAGGGAACAAGAUUUUUUUUUUUCUUUACCAUGGGUAGUCAAUUAAUUCAGUACCAGUAUUGGAAAAAAAUCAUCCUUUUUCACCCCACUGCAGUGCCCCCUUGUCAUAAUUUGUCAAUUUAUAUAUAAUUCUGUUUCUUGACUUUCCAUUCUAUUUGCCAGUUUGCCUAUAAUAUACCAAUACUACACUCUCAAUCUCUGUCCUCUAUCUGGUAAUCAAGUCCUCCAAUACUGUUUUUCCUUAAGAUUGCUUUUGCUAUUCUUGACUCUUUGCAUUUCAAUAUAAACUUUGGAAUUAACUUGUCCAUACACACACACACACACACACACACUCUGCAUUUUGAUUGAGAUUGCUUUGAGUUUAUAGAUUAAUUUGAGGUUCAUUUUUCAUCUUUAAAACAUCUUCCAAACUAUGUAUAGGACUAUCCUGCCACUUACGUAGAUUCUCUCUAGCAAUAUUUAUAUUUUUCAAUGUAUCAUCCUGCACCUCCUGUCGGUAGAUUAUUUUUUCCAGUGAAUUUUUUGAUGCUGUCACAAAUGAAAUCCUUUUAAAAUUUCAUUUUAUUUGUUGCUGGUGUAUAGAAAUACAUCUUUAUCAUAUUAUCCAGAAACCUUAUUCAAAUCCCUUUAUUAGUGUAAUAGUUCAUGUGAAAUUUUUUAUGGAUUUUUCUACAUAGAGUUAUGUUACCUGCAGAUAGCAAGUUUUAUUUCCUUCUUUUUAAUGUUGUCUUGCUUUAUGACACCUGUACACAGUACAGAAUACUACAGAACCAAUGAGAGGAAGCAUCUUUAUCUUGUUCCCCAUCUCAGAGUGAAAGCUUUUACUGUUCCACUGUUGAGUGUUUUUGCUGCAUGCGUUUUGUAGAUACUCUAGCAAAGAAAGUUCUCUUCUUUCCUAGUUACUUUAUAUCAUGAGUUUUAUCAUGAAUGAGUGUUGAAUUUUAUAAACUGUUUUUUUCUUUAUGGAGAUACUCAUUUUCUUUUUUUUCCCUGUUAAUGAUAUCAUUGACAUUACCUUUUAAGAAUAUGAAGCCAACUUUGUAUUUCUGAAAUAAAUCAAACUUGAUCUUGA